AUGAUGGCAGAAGGCGGAGAGAUUGAAGACGAGUUGUUUGAUCUGAACAAGGUGCCCGUUGAUAAAAAACGGAAAAGGGUUGAAAAGGAUAUUGAUUUGACUGAGAAAGGGGAUGAGGGUUCUGAUGGGUUACCCAAGAGCGGUAGGGUUUUGAGGUCGAGGGCAGUGCGUACGGAGGUGGUGGAAACAGUGAAAUCGGAUGAUACAGACAAAAGUCGAGUGGAUUUAGCGGAGUCUGAAAGUGAAAGCGAGGUUCCCGUUUCUCCGAAAAGGAAGAGGAAAGGUAAACGAGGAAGGCCGCGGAAAACAGAGAGUAAAUGUGAGGUAUCCUCGUUGGGGGGCACAGGAGAGAAGAGAAAGAGGGGUAGGCCUCCCAAAAAUGGUAAAUCCGAGGGUAAUUCAAAGGAAGAGGACGAGGCAAUGGGGUUGAAGAAGGUGGGUGCGAGUAGUAAUAAGCCUGUCCGAGGUCGAGGGAGGUUGAAAGUGAAGGGGAAAUUAGGAAGGCCUCGCAAGAUGGAGAAUGGGGAUAUGGGUUUAAAAAUUGAGAAGAAGAUCGUGAAGACGAGUGAUGAUGAUGCGGGCCCCGUGAAGAGAUUGAAAGUUAGCACGGAUGAUACGUUGAACGGCGCCUUGCAGAAGGAAGAAGGGACAGACGAGCUUUCUGAAUGCAACGAAACAGGUGUUAAGAAACAGAAUCGACUGGCGAGGAAUGAAAAUGCCAAUACGAAUGAGUCGGAUAAUGUUGUUAUGAAGAAAGAAAAGAGAAUGCCUAGGCCUGCUCAAGGUAAUGAGAUGGGUCUUCGGGAGCAGAAGCAGGUCGUUCGGGAUCAAAUAGUGUCCAUGAUUACGAAGGCGGGAUGGACCGUUCAAUACAGGCAGAGGCAAUCCAAAGACUAUCAGGAUGCCGUUUAUGUCGAUCGGUUUGGAAAGACUUACUGGUCGUGCACAUUGGCUUACAGGAAAUUUAAAGAAAGGAUUGAUGAGGGAAAGGCACAUGAGGAAGAGAUAUCAGUAUUUUCUCCUAUACCAGAGGAGACCUUUAGCCUUCUUUUCAGAAUCACCAACCAAGGCAAGAAGGCGGGUAAAAAGAAGAAUGGUGAAGGAAAGACUAUUAAGACAAAGAUGAGAAAGGAGUCAUCCAAACGGAAAUCAUCAGAUGGAGGGACUAAAUCAAGACUGAAUAAAGGCAGCCAACGGACCUUGUUGGCUCGUAAACAUAAGGAUGGUUCGGAUGGCGGUGUCAAUGUGUAUGAGGGAAAUCGGAAUCUGCUCUCGUGGAUGAUUGAUUUGGGUACGGUUCCUCUUGGCGGGAAGGUGAAGUACAAGAGAGGAAGGAGCAGAAAUAAGUUGCCUGAGGGGAGGAUUAUGAAGGAAGGGAUCUGUUGUGACCUUUGCAAACGAACACAUGGGGUUCGGGAAUUUGUGUCACAUGCUGAAAGUAUAAAUGGAAACUUGUAUGAGGAUAUAUAUCUGGAUUCUGGGGUUUCACUUUUCCAGUGCUUGGUGGAUACCUGGAAAAAACACGUGAAUAAAGGUAACAUUGGAUUUGUUCAUGUGGAUGUGGAAGGUGAUGAUCCCAAUGACGACACGUGCAAUGUGUGUGGUGAUGGCGGUGACUUGAUUUGUUGUGAUAGUUGUCCGUCAACUUUCCAUGAUGACUGCUUAUGUAUUGAAGUUCCUUCUGGAGACUGGCACUGCGUUUAUUGUUCAUGCAAAUUCUGUGGACUGGCCUGUGAGAGUAUGUCAGACAGUGAUGAGGAAAGCAGUUUAUUUUCUGAGUUGUUUACAUGCCGUUUUUGCGAGGAAAAAUAUCACAUGCAUUGUAUUGAAGGAACCAUUGCUGAAGAUUUUGACCAUGGAAAUAGUUCCUUCUGUGGGAAAAGGUGCUACGAGAUAUUUGAGCAGUUACAGAUUCUUCUUGGUGUUAAACAUGACCUUGGCGAAGGAUUUUCCUAUACUCUACAUCAUAUUGUAAGUGGUGAUGCAGCUCUAGAUGGUGACUCCUCAAAGGUAGAAAGCAAUGCUAAGUUAGCUGUUGGUUUCUUAGUCAUGGAUGAAUGUUUUGAACCUAUCAUAGAUGAGCGAAGUGGAACCAAUAUGAUUCACAAUGUUGUCUACAGCUGUGGGUCAAAUAUUAGACGGUUGAACUACGAUGGAUUUUAUACCAUUUUACUAGAGAAGGGUGACGAAGCCGUAGCAGCAGCAUCGAUAAGCAGAAUUCACGGGAGUCAGCUAGCCGAGAUGCCUUUUAUAGGAACCCGAUUUAUGUACCGCCGUCAAGGGAUGUGCGGCAGGCUUCUAUCUUCGAUUGAAAAGUUGCUCUGCUCACUUGGUGUUGAGAAACUGGUGAUUCCCGCAAUAUCCGAACUUAACGAGACAUGGACAAAAAUAUUUGGUUUCGGUCCUCUUGAGGAGUCGACUCGGAAAGAAAUGGCACACAUGAGCAUGAUUGUGUUCCCAGGGGUAGACAUGUUACAAAAACCCCUGAAGAUGAAUCAUCAAGAACAUAUGGAAUCUGCCGAGUGCUACUCUGAAGUAAAACCCAAGGAGGAUCAAAACACACAAGACAACGCCGAAUCAGCUGUGGUGCAGUCCACUGAAGCUCAAACUUGCAAUGAAUAUGCUCGAGAAGAGGAAGUCGAGGAUACUUCUGCUGAUGUUGAAAAUCAUAAUAUUAUCGAUAAAGCGGCUGUCAUUGAGCCCGUCAACUUAGCAGACGAGGCAGAUACCAAAGAUGGGGCAGUGAACGAAAAAUCAGCCGAACAGUCCACUGAACCUCAAACUUGCAAUCAAAAUACUCGAGAAAAUCAAGUGGAAGAUGAUGAAGCUGGUGUAGCUGAACCAAGUGCAGGUAACUCUUCCAACAUUGAAAAUCAUAAUAUCGAGAAAGCUGCUGUUAUUGAGCCCGUCAACUUAGCAGACGAGGCAGAUACCAAAGAUGGGACAGUGAACGAAAAAUCAGCCGAACAGUCCACUGAACCUCAAACUUGCAAUGAAAAUACUCGAGAAAAUCAAGUGGAAGAUGAUGAAGCUGGUGUAGCUGAACCAAGUGCAGGUAACUCUUCCAACAUUGAAAAUCAUAAUAUCGAGAAAGCUGCUGUUAUGGAGCCUGUCAACUUAUUAGCAGACGAGGCAGAUACUAAAGAUGGGCCAGUGAACGCCAAAUUUGCCGAACAGUCGACUGAACCCCAAACUUGCAAUGAAAAUACUCGAGAAAAUCAAGUGGAGGAUGAUGGUGGUGUAGCAGGUAAUUCUGCUGACGUUGAAAAUCAUAAUAAUGAGACAAUAUCAAUAGCUGAAUCUGGUGAAACCGUGCCGGCCAACUCAUCAGACAAGGCAGAUAUCAAAGUGGGCCCCAUCAAUAAUGGCGAGUUGUCUGAAAUCAGCGAUAGUCUUGGCCACCUCGAUUCACCCAAAGAUAAUGAUAAUAGUACUAUCAAUGGCAGUCUUGAAACGAGCCAAUCUGCAGAGGAAACUGAUGCUUGUCCAAAUGGGCCUUCGACGGAAAACGGGAAAAUUGAAAAUGGCGAUAGACAUGAGAAUUUGGACGGUGAUGUGACGAAACGGAUCUUGAGAAGUACCACAGCUGCAUUUCGAGGGAAAGUGUAG